GCUGCUAAACAGAUCAAGGACAGUGUGACGAUGGCGCCGGCCUUCCGCCUCUCGCUCAAGGCUAAAGUCACCGACAACAUGAGCCACUUGAUGGUGGAUUUCGCCCAGGAGCGCCAAAUGCUGCAGACUCUCAAAUUUCUGCCAGUUCCCAGCGCCCCUGAGAUAGAUGUGGCGGAAUCCUUGGUGGCCGACAAUUGUGUAACCCUUGUUUGGAAAAUGCCGGAAGAAGAUAGCAAGAUUGACCAUUACGUGAUGGAAUAUCGCAAGACCAACUUUGAAGGGCCUCCUCGGGUCAAGGAGGACCAUCCCUGGAUGGUGAUCGAAGGGAUCAGGCAAACUGAAUAUACGCUGUCCGGGUUGAAAUUUGACAUGAAGUACAUGAAUUUCCGGGUCAAAGCCUGCAACAAGGCUGUGGCAGGAGAGUUUUCGGAGCCGGUCACUUUGGAAACAAGAGAAUACCUGUCACGCUAUGAAGAACAAGGACUUGGAUUACAGUGGAAUAAUAUCCGAAGUAGUCCACUGGAAGGAGAUAAAUACAGCUUCUUGUUGUCUAUGGUGAUAAUGGUUUUUGAUGGCUUUGUCUAUGGAUUGCUUGCUUGGUACUUGGAUAAUGUCUUCCCAGCAAAUCCAUAUUUUGAAGUGGAGCCCUCUGGCUUAAAGCCUGGCGUGAGCAUCCAGAAUUUGGUGAAGAUCUACCCCAAUUGUUCCAAGCCAGCAGUGGAUGGAAUGACCGUUACCUUCUACGAGGGCCAAAUCACGGCUUUCUUGGGCCAGAAUGGUGCGGGAAAGACAACAGUUAU